AUGACAAUGAUGGCUGCCACCAGCGAGGAACGGAGUGUUAUGGAGCCCUCUCGGUCGAAUUCCGGGCAAGGCCAGCCCGUGGACCGGCUGAAGAUGCUCUACCCGAUGGUGAACGAGGAGGAGACGCCGCUGCCGCGGUCCUGGAGCCCGAAGGACAAGUACAAUUACAUAGGCCUCUCGCAAAACAAUCUCCGCGUUCAUUACAAAGGUUACGGGAAAACACACAAAGACGCUGCCAGUGUCCGCACAACGCACUCCAUACCGGCUGCCUGCGGUCUGUACUACUUCGAGGUGAAAAUCGUGAGCAAGGGAAGGGACGGGUACAUGGGCAUAGGCCUCUCCGCGCACGGUGUCAACGUGAACAGACUUCCCGGAUGGGACAAGCACUCUUACGGGUACCACGGCGACGACGGCCACAGCUUCUGUUCCUCGGGCACCGGCCAGCCGUACGGGCCAACCUUCACCACCGGUGACGUCAUCGGUUGCGGCGUCAACCUCGUGGACAACACGGCUUUUUACACGAAGAACGGCCAUCAUUUGGGCAUCGCCUUCACCGAUCUACCUCCUAAUCUGUAUCCAACGGUGGGCCUGCAAACACCGGGCGAGGUCGUGGAUGCAAAUUUCGGCCAGUCCCCGUUCGUCUUCGACAUCGGCGACAUGAUCAACGAGCUUCGGGCACGGACGAGACUACGAAUUAUUAAUUUCUCCACUUUGGAUCUUGGACAGGGCCAGUGGCAGGCUGUCCUUCACAAAAUGGUGUCCACGUACCUCGUCCAUCACGGUUACUGCGCCACCGCCGAAGCCUUCGCCAGCAGUACGGGUCAAGUCUUCGAGGAAGACUUCAAUUCUAUUAAAAAUAGGCAAAGAAUUUUAAAAUUGGUCCUAGCCGGCCGCAUGGGCGAGGCGAUCGAUCUGACCAGUCGGUUAUAUCCGGGACUUCUGGAACGCGAUCCCAACCUGAUGUUCGCUCUCAAGUGCCGCCAGUUCGUCGAGAUGGUGAACGGCAGCGACUCCGAAGUUUGCCAGAGUACCAAUGAGAACCAAACUAGCGUUAUACAAUCGACCAAAGCUUACGCGAAGUCUUCGACCAACGGAAACGUCGAGGACAUGAAUCUAAAUAAUACUUUAAACGGUGCCAGCGACCAGCAGUUCAUAAACGGCCAGAUCGAAGACGACGUGGACAUGGAGGAGACUACCAUGGGAACGAUGAACGGUAUCAAGAGCAACAACGGGUACCAAAAUGGCAAUCCCAGCGCAAACGGGUUCAAGUGUCAAAACGGCGAAGACGUAGACAUGGAAGUCGACGGCACCGGUCAGAGCCAACAGCAGCAAAACGGCAACUGCGUCGUCGGGGUCGACGGGGUGACGAGCGUCGGGAAGAACAACAAGAAGCAGCUGUGCGGCGGCAAUAAGCAGGCUAUCGAAAAGAUGCUGGAAUUCGGCAGGCAGUUGUACUCCCAGUCGAUACAUCUCAGGCAGCAGCACGGCAAGAACGAGGAGAACAAGAAGAUGUUGCAGGAUGCGUUCAGUCUGUUGGCUUACUCGAACCCGUGGAACUCACCGGUCGGGUGGCAGUUGGAUCCGCAACAGAGGGAAACAGUAUGCGCCAGGCUUAACUCCGCCAUUCUCGAGUCCAGCAAUUUGCCGCGUCGACCGCCCCUGGAGGUGGCGGUGUCUCACGCCAGAGAGUUGGUACGCCUGAUGUCGAGUGUCGGCCUCGGAGCCUGCGGGUUCGCGGUGGUAGAUAACAUUAUUCAAUAUUGACGGUGCCUCCCUCUGCUCCCACGACCGCCCCUUCUGCCGGCCCGUGUGUGGUAAGUCCGAGCUAGACUGUACAUAUAGAAAUAUGAAUCUAACGACCUGUGCCUGAGUGCGCAAAGGUAUAUACCAAAUCGGAAAGCGGAAAGCGAUGUGCUUCUUAGGGUCGCUCUCGGGGCCUAGUAACCGCAGGUCGGCGGGCACAGCUGUCAAAAACAGCUGUUUGCGCCCAGCUAUACCUGUCUACCGCUUACCGAGAGAGCAUGAUACGUUCGCGAUCGACUCGAGGCGGAGUAUAACGGCUACACGUAGCUCGUUAGCAAGAUGUACGCAUCUCCUCGAGGGCAGUGACUCGAGUCAAACCGAUGUCCUGGAGGUGGUGAAAAAACCAAGGAUCUUUUAGGACGCGGAGACGGAACGUGGAGCAGAUGAUUCUGUUGACGCAGCAACAUCGCGAUGUCGCGUGCCUCUUCAGCUAGAGCAACCCGAUUAAUCGGCGAUACUCGGCUAGAUCUCACACCACUGACACGACAUAAGAUGAACGUUCAGACCUGCCAACCAAAAUGACACUUGACGUUUUUAGCUUAAAAACACACGCGGAACGAGAUAGAUACGAACUGGGAGUCGCAGAGAGGGGAGGAGAGAGGAAACGAACGAGCGAGCGAGCGAGAGAGAUCGAAAGGGAGGGAGAGAAAGAGGGACGGGAAAUGAGAGAACUGGCCAAUUUUGCGCGUGUAUGUACCGCCGAAUCUACCAAGAGCAAAGAGGACGGCGGUGAGCGCCGUGCUCCCUCGUUUCCAGAUGCUUGUCGAACGCUCAACUGGUACGGCCAAGCGCGAUGGCUUCCACUUUGCCAUAUUCCUUUUUUUUUUAUUUCACUUUAUGAAUUAUCUUACUUUUUUUUUUUUUGUAACUCCUUAUUAAGACUUGCCCUUCGGUUUGUCCAGCGCGCCGAGCCGCCUGUCUCGUUCCUAUGCCUUAACAAUCGUGUGCAAUACCGUGGUCGCAGUCGAUCGAGCAAUCAAGUGCGGAAACGUCACCGUAGCUCAGCCUUUACUUCUUGUUUGUUGUUCGGCCAAAAAGGCUUUGCCCGAAUUUCUCAACCGUCCGAGGAUGAAGACGUCGAAGUAUCGCGUUAUCUUGGAUCUCGGGUUUCUUUCUUUGUUAUUGUUGGGAGGAAAAUUGGUUGGUACUUUUAGUGAAAAGAAACGGAUGAAAUAAAAGAGAUUUUACGUUUCACUUUGCACUGUUACCUCCGUCGUGUGACUUUCACCGUGUUCGUUUUCGGUGUAGGAUUUAUGUGUCAGUGGAAAUUUCUGGCAUUAGGGUCCGUAAGUUAAAGAAAAAGAAAAGGCGUCCCAUUAAAAAGAGAUCCAUCGACAUCGAAUAUUUUCUUGUGGAAAAUCAGUUUGGCAACCCUUCGCACUGUAGACCAUUGCGGAGGUUCGUUUUAAGGACGAUUGCCUACUGGCCGGUUCUGCGAGAAAAAAAAAAUGUCUGUGAUAUGUGGACGAAAAAGUAAAAAAAAAAAAAGAGAAAUUACAGUGAAAACGAACCUAGAGAUCCUUUCAUUCGACUGGCGCUCGCAAUUGUCUGGGAACGAGGGAACGUAUUCAUUUUAGAGAUGGACAAGGUCUUACGUUUAUAUAUAAAUAAUUAUCAGAAGCAAAAACAAAAACUUAACUAAGGAACGAUCUUGUACUCUAUACUAAGUAAUUGUUUUUUAUAUGCGACAUAGUAUAUUAUUAUAUUAUAUAUUAUUAAAGAAGAAAAGAAAGGAAAUCGUAUGCAGCUAGGCGUAAGCGUGCGUUUAAAUACAAUAAUUUACUAUAUAUACAACAGAAAAAAAAA